GCACCUGCUGAGGCGUAGAGGGAUCGGAUAGUUUUGAUGCUUCGGGAGAGUGCUCUGACAGUCGGAAGCACCGCAUAAGUUUAUUUUUCACCUGUGUUUUGAAAGAAAAUUAUUGGAAUAGACCGAAAGGAAUGGAUUUCACGAUACCCCACCUCUGCUGUGUAUUGAUUAGUCUUAUCGCAGGUGUAGCCCAUGGCCUGGAGAUCACGUCCCAGGGACCCACGUCCAUAGAGAAGGCCAGCAGUGAGAGUGUCAAGCUGGAUUGUCAGUUUUCUCUGGCCCCUGUGGACUCUGGCCCCCUGGACAUCGAAUGGAGCCUGCUGGCCUCCGACAACCAGAAAGAGGACAAAGUGGUGAUCCUGUACUCUGGGGACAGGGCCUAUGAGGACUACUACCCUGCAGUGAAGGGGCGGGCCCACUUCAACUCACCUGACCCGAAGAAUGGCGACGCUUCCAUCAACCUGACUGGUCUGAAGUCCUCAGACACGGGGACCUACCAAUGCAAGGUGAAGAAGGCCCCGGGCAUCCGCAGCAGAAAGAUGCUACUGACCGUCAUGGUGAGGCCGUCCAAGCCCAGAUGCUCUACUGAAGGCCCCACCCAGGAGGGUAAGGACGUGGUCCUGAGGUGUACGUCCAGUGAGGGGACCAAGCCCCUGCAGUACACCUGGGAGAAGACCAGUGACAGCAAGAUUCUGCCUGCCUCAGCUGUGCUAGACCCUGUGGGAGGCACCAUGAAUGUAAGGAACGCGUCCAUCAGCUCCUCAGGAACCUACCGCUGCACUGCUAAGAACCACGUGGGCAUGGAGGAGUGUAUUCUACAGCUUGGCAUCACUCCCCCACCCAACACUGCUGGUAUCAUAGCUGGAGCCAUCAUCGCUGUGCUGCUGGCCCUCAUCAUCAUCGCCAUCGUCCUCUUCUGCUGCUGCCGCGCCCGCCACAGGAAGAAGUACGAGAAGGAGAUCUCUUACGAGAUCAGAGAGGACGUUCCCCCUCCGAAGAGCCGCGUGUCGACGGCUCGCUCUUUCACCAGCGUGGGCAGCCAGCGUUCCUCCCUGGGCUCCAUGUCCCCCUCCAACCUGCAUGAGUACGCCCUCAAGCCCCAGUAUGACAAGAUCCCCUCUGUGGAGGAGUAUGAGAGACCCCCCAGCCACACACCCCUGCCACCGCCUGUCGCCAGCAAGAUAGCCGGCCGUAACCUCAGCCGCAUGGGCGGCAUCCCCGUCAUGAUCCCCGCCCAAAACAAGGACGGCUCCAUUGUGUAAUGGAGAGAGAGCGAAGGAGAAAGGGAGGGUUUGGGACUGGGGGACACUAGCCAGAGAGGAGGUGGGGGGGCUGGUCUGGCAACUGGAGAGAUGGAGGGGUGGGACAGGGGGAC